CCCUGUAAACUGCUUGCAGUAGUAGCACAGGCGUUGAGUUCACCAACAGCAUUUGAAGGAGCUGCAUUAUUCUGCCCCUUCGUUCUUCAAUAAGUCAAUUGCUGUUGUUGCUUAGAACUCCAAAACUCCUUUGAAUAAAAUUACAUUUUUAUUCAUUUAAAUAAGUUAAUUUUCAUCAGUUUCAACUUAUCUUAUCAACAUGGAAGAGAAAAAAGUUGAGCAAUAUUACACACCACCCCCGGAACUUGGAAAAUGGGAAGCUUUUAAAAUUUUUCUAUGGAAUUCUGAGACUGGACAAUUUCUUGGUCGUACCGGAGCCAGUUGGGCCAAGAUUUUGUUGUUCUACGUUAUUUUUUAUGGCGUUUUAUCUGGGUUCUUUGGAGCCAUGUUAACCGUUUUCUAUCAAACGCUUGAUCACACUGCACCUAAAUGGAAAAUGGACAGUUCAUUAAUUGGUAGCAAUCCAGGAUUAGGAUUCAGACCGAUGCCUCCAGAUAGUAAUGUUGAAAGUACUCUUAUCUGGUACAAAGCCAGUAACAAAGGCAAUUACGAACAUUGGACUAAAGCUAUAGAUAAAUUCCUUGAAGUGUAUCAGGCGCCAAUGUCGAAUGACAUCAUGUCUAAAAAUGAAGCCCGAGUUGUGUGUGAUUAUGGAAAACCUGCACCACCUGGAAAAUCUUGUGAUGUUGAUCUCAAAAAGUUUGAACCAUGCAUUAAAGAAAAAGCUUACAUGUAUCCUGAUUAUCAUCCUUGUAUAUUUCUCAAGCUCAACAAAAUAUUUGAUUGGCAACCAGAAUUCUACAACGAUACGGAAAAUCUUCCUGAAAAUAUGCCAAAUGACUUGAAAAAUCGUAUCAAAACUGCAAAGAUUCGAAGCCCAGAGGAAUUACAAACUAUCUGGGUUUCUUGUGAAGGUGAGAAUCCUGCUGAUGUUGAAAACAUUGGACCUAUUCAAUACAGACCACGAUCUGGAUUUCCUGGCUACUACUUUCCAUACCGAAACAGUCCUGGCUAUCUUAGCCCUCUUGUUGCUGUGUGGUUUGAAGCACCCAAACGCAAUGUACUUAUCAAUAUUGAAUGUAAAGCAUGGGCUCGAAAUAUUAUCCAUGAUAGGGUAGAAAGACGUGGAUCUGUUCAUUUUGAAUUAAUGGUAGAUUAAACAAUUUAAUUCCAAAACGACCACUAAUCAGACAAUGCUUUUUCAUAAGUAAUUUUUUGAACAAAAAUUAUACCGAUCAUUCCUUUCUUAUUUUAUGUCAUAAUGAACAUAUUCCAAAAUGAUAUUAAUAAAUAAUAAUUACGGAAAUAAAACUGUAAUAUUAAUAGUGGUCGUCUUUAAUGUUUCACUGCCGUGAUUGCACGUUAUCUACACAAUAUUAUUCAGUUUAUAAUACCAAAUAGAAUCAAGUUGCAAUUUUACUCGAAUGAUAAAAUGCACAAAACAAAAGAUAAAUUUAACUAAACAUCUAAAAUCAAUAAAAGAAAGAGGAAUGAUCGGUUUGAGUGUUGAUUUAAUAAUGUAGAAUAAUAGUGAGCAAAGCUAACGUGAGUUGAUUAUAAAACUAAUUAAUUGGUAAGUGAUCGAACUAGCGAUCUAAUACAAAUUAUUGUUGAAUUACUUACUUAUUGAUAAUUUUAUGAAUUAUACUUAUAUUCAUUCAUUCAUUAUGAAUGCUCAUUUUUGUACUUAAUUAUUUAAAUUAUAAACAUUGAGAUUUGUAACUUGAAAAAACUAGUGCAAUAUUAUGAUUUAUGAAUUAUGUUAACGCAUCUCAUACUUAAAUAAAAUAUACUUAAUAUAAAAAUUGUUUGUCUGUGAAACUAAACACACAAUUGAGACAAACGUAAAAAGCGAAUAAUGAAAAAUCGAAUAAAGAGAAUGUUGAAAAUCAA